AUGACUUCAUGGAGGCUCCCGCGUGUGUUGUCUGGUAAAGCGUCCGCUUGGACCCGAGCCACAGGCUCCGUCUGUCUGUGGCCCUCUGAGCUCAUCCAGUCUCUGCAGCAGCAGGAGCUCCUCACACCCAUUCAUCUGCAGAUGUGCAUCUCUGCAACAGCAGCGCCAUCUGCUGCUGAAAACACAGCAGGAAGACCUGCUGUGCAUCUCCUGGAUCGAUAUCUGGAUCUAUCGGUUCGGCAUCACAGCUCUGGAAAACAGGAGGAGCGUUGCUUUAGCAGAGUCGACAGCCUUGGGCACCCCUGGAGUUACACCAAGCUGCUGAGAUGGAUGUCCAAUGACCUGGAAACCCUGUGA